AUGUUGUCUGUAUGUUUUUUGCUGCAGAUUAUUUUCUAUGAGGACCGGAACUUUCAGGGUCAGUCCUAUGAGUGCAGCAGUGACUGCUCUGACAUCCACAUGCACCUGAACCGCUGCAACUCCUGCAGAGUGGAAGAUGGGUGCUUUAUGGUGUACAACCGCCCAAACUUCAUGGGUAACCAGGUCUUCUUGAGGAGAGGGGAAUUCUCGGAUUUUCAGCGAAUGGGUUGCGUGAUGGGCAUGAUGGGCAUGGCGGUGAUGGAUACCAUUCGCUCUUGUCGCAUGAUCCCCAUGCACAGGGGACAGUACAGGAUGAGGAUCUACGAAAGUGAGAACUUCGAAGGCCAGAUGCAUGAGCUGAUGGACGACUGUGAGUCUCUCCAGGAUCGUUACAACAUGUCUGACUGCCAGUCCUGCAAUGUGAUGGACGGCCACUGGCUGAUGUUUGAGCUGCCCAACUACAGAGGCCGGAUGCUGUACGUGGGGCCAGGAGAGUACAGGAGCCUCAGAGAGCUGGGAAUGAACAUGACGAGAAUCAGCUCCACCAAACGCAUAAUGGAUAUAUGCUGA